ACGGCUCGGAGGGAUGGAUAUCCUGGAGACCGCUCAAAAAAUGUGCGCAAAGUGGUACAAAACCUGCAAGGACCCAAUAAUGUGGCGCAUCAUUGACAUGGGCAAUGACUAUUAUAUGGAUUUUCGCAAUUGCUGGCCCUUGUACUGGUAUAGCUUGUGUAAAAGUGCCAUUGGACGUUGCUGUGGUAAUUUGGUUGAUAUCAAUAUCGAGAACUUUGGCACCAAUUCUCUCCUCUGCUGUCUUGCUGAGAGGUCAAGUGGACUCAAACGCCUUCGUUUAGUGGGUUGUCAUGAAAUUACAGAUGAGGGAUUCCGUGCAGUGGCUUUGAGAUUUCCAUUAUUGGAGGACCUUGACAUUACAUUGGAUGAGGACAUCUUACAUGAAACUCUAGCAUUGGUUGGGCGCACAUGCCCUCUUUUGAAAUCACUGAAGUUGAACAAACUGUUCGGAGAUUACCAAAAUAUACCUGAGCAUAAUGAUUGUGCACUUGCUAUAGCAGGAACGAUGCACGGGUUACACCACCUCAUGCUUUUCAGGAAUCAAAUGAGUAAUGAAGGGUUGUGUGCAAUUCUUGAUGGUUGUCCUCAUCUUGAGUCACUUGAUUUGCGACGGUGCUUGAAUCUUACAUUGGAGGGAGAUGUGGGUAGAAGAUGUGUCGAGCGAAUUCAAAAGUUAAGGCUUCCCCUGGAUUCCAUCGAGGACAUAGACCCCUCAUACAAUGUGGAUAAUUAAUGGUAGGCACUUUGUUCUUGGGAUGGCUAGUUGGAAACUUUUUGCAGUGCCUUCCCUAAUAUGUUAUGCAUAUGUAUUUGUUUUCUAAUGUUGACUGCCUACAUUUCGGUUUGUACUCGACAUGUUUAGCUAUCUGAGGCUUCCCUUUUUAUGUAGUUAUCUUCUCUGUAAUGAAAUGCUUUGUGUCUUGGCAAGAUGAGUGUUGUAUAUUAGUCUCACG